CACUUAUCCAAACAAGAGGUAGCAAUCUAGAAGGAGCAGAGGCCUUCGUUCCACGUCAGCACCAUGAUCUGCCACACCACCAUGGACCCUCCUAUCAGAUUUCUCAUGAGCCAGCCUAUGGAAACAUCCACGUCCACCUUAAUUAUAGUAUCCAUUUCAUCUUCCCUUCCCUACUCCGCCAACAUGGCCCCAUUAGCUCCUUCCCUCGCCAAAUCUGAAAUGCUAGGUAACCCACUGAAUUUCAGUGUUUGGGCCAAGUCAUCAGCUCCCACACCCUCAAGCUCUGCCACAUUCAAGACCGUGGCUCUUUUCUCCAAUAAGAAGGCUGCACCUCCUCCCAAGUCCAAGGUUGCUUCUGUCUCCCCAGCCAAUGAAGAGCUCGCUAAGUGGUAUGGUCCCUACAGAAGGAUUUUCUUGCCGGAAGGGCUGUUAGACAGAUCAGAGAUCCCUGAGUACUUGACUGGAGAAGUCCCCGGAGACUAUGGAUACGAUCCUUUUGGCCUGAGCAAAAAGCCAGAAGACCUUGCCAAAUAUCAAGCAUUUGAACUGAUACAUGCAAGGUGGGCGAUGCUUGGUGCAGCUGGAUUCAUCAUCCCAGAAGCCUUUAACAAAUUUGGUGCCAAAUGCGGCCCUGAAGCCGUUUGGUUCAAGGUUUUAGCUUUACUAUUUGGAGCUCUUCUCCUGGAUGGUAACACCUUGAACUACUUCGGCAAGAAUAUCCCUAUCAACCUUAUUGCUGCUGUCAUUGCGGAGAUCGUUCUCGUUGGUGGAGCUGAAUAUUACAGAAUCAUUAAUGGCUUGGAAUUGGAGGACAAGCUUCACCCUGGAGGUCCAUUUGACCCACUUGGGCUGGCCAAGGAUCCUGACCAAGCAGCUCUGCUCAAGGUGAAAGAGAUAAAAAAUGGUAGACUGGCAAUGUUCGCCAUGCUGGGUUUCUACUUCCAAGCCUAUGUCACUGGAGAAGGUCCCGUUGAGAACCUUGCCAAACAUCUCAGUGACCCUUUCGGGAACAACUUGCUCACCGUCAUAGCUGGAACUGCUGAAAGAGCUCCCACCCUCUGAUUUUAAUACUAUAUUUUAUUAUAAUCUGCAACACUACUCGUUGCUUGCGUCUAUUCUAUGCAUCAAUCGCUUGUACAUCCAGCUAAGCUAGCACUUUAAUCUUGAGUAGAGGCUUCAACUUCAAAUUUCAACUGAAUUUAAUUAGAAAAUUUUAAAAAAUAUAUACAAUUUUAAAUAAAAUAAAA